AUGGGCACCCGUGUCUCUGGGUUUGCCGUCAGGCUCCUGGUGAAGGCUCUGGGGCAGAGCCAGGAGCUGGGUGUUUCCCCUCCCUCUCUGCGGAGCCGUUUCUCCAGACACGUGUACCCCGGUGUGAUAAAGCGCCCUGCGGUCCGUGCCGCGCUCUCCGCCUCCUGCUUUGGGGCAAAAGCGGCCGGAAUUGGGGCAGGCGGGACAGGCCCCGCCCCCCCCGCGCGGGGCUGCCCCUACGCCCGCCUGUCCGCGCCGGGGCCGCGGGCGGGCGGGGCGGGCGCAGGCGCGCUUGGGGCAGCCCCGCGCAGUGAGGCCCCGCGAGGCCCUGGGGCGGAGCCGCCGCCGCCGCCGAUGGGCUCCGGGACGCGCAGCCCCGGCCGGGAGCGGGACCGGGACCGGGAUCGGGACCGGGAACGGGAUCGGGACAGGGAACGGGAUCGGGACAGGGAUCGGGAGCGCUCCGGGAGCCGCGGGAGGCGUCGCCGCAGCCGGAGCAGGAGCCGCAGCCGGAGCCGGGGGCGCCGCCGGGAGCCGAGCUCAGGCCGGGGCCCGGGAGGCCCGAAGCGGCCUCGCUGCCGCCGGGCUCGGGCAGGGCCGGGCAGCGGGACCGGGGCCGGUGGGUCCCCAGCGCCGCCCGUGACGUCGGCCCGGGGCGGGUCCGGUACCGCGCGCUGUGCCGGCGCUGCCGCUGCCCCGUGCCAGGCCUCGCUGUGCCCUCCUUCCCCUGACACCCGGCUGUGCCGCUGCAGCUCCGACUCCAGCGGCGAGAGGCAGAAAUGGAAGAAGAAGAAGAAGAAAAGCAGCAGCAGCCGGGACCGGGACCGGGACCGGGACCGGGACCGGGACCGGGACCGGCCUCAUAAGGAGCGGAGGAAGCAGCGCUCGCGGUCCCGGGGCCGUUCGUCCAGCUCCAGCCCCGAGCGCCGCCGAGGACGGGAGCGGAGCCGAGAGCGGAGCCGGGAGCGCCGCAGGAGGAGGGAUGGAUCCAAGUCCUCCGUGUCCUCCGUCAGCUCCCCGUCCCCGGCCCGGCCCCACGGCCGCGAGGAGCCGGGACAGACCCUGAGCCUGCAGGAGCGGCUGCGGCUCCGGGAGGAGAAGAAGAAACAGGCGGCGCUGCUGAAGGCGCUGGAGACGCCCGAGGAGAAGCGGGCGAGGAGGUUGGCCAAGAAGGAGGCCAAGGAGAGGAAGAAGCGGGAGAAGAUGGGCUGGGGGGAGGAGUACAUGGGAUACACCAACACCGACAACCCCUUCGGGGACAACAACCUGCUGGGCACCUUCAUCUGGAGCAAGGCACUGGAAAAGAAAGGGAUCAGCCACCUGGAUGAGAAGGACCUGAAGGAGAGGAACAAGCGAAUCCAGGAGGACAAUCGUCUGGAGCUGCAGAAGGUGAAGCAGCUGCGCCUGGAGCGGGAGCGGGAAAAGGCCAUGCGGGAGCAGGAGCUGGAGAUGCUGCAGCGGGAGAAGGAGGCAGAGCACUUCAAAACCUGGGAGGAGCAGGAGGACAACUUCCACCUGCAGCAGGCCAAGCUGCGGUCUAAGAUCCGGAUUCGGGAUGGGAGGGCGAAACCCAUCGACCUUCUGGCCAAGUACAUCAGUGCCGAGGACGACGACCUGGCCGUGGAGAUGCACGAGCCCUACACCUUCCUGAACGGCCUCACCGUGUCCGACAUGGAGGACCUGGUGGAGGACAUCCAGGUUUACAUGGAGCUGGAGCAAGGGAAGAACGUGGACUUCUGGAGGGACAUGACCAUCAUCACGGAGGAUGAGAUAGCGAAGCUCCGCAAGCUGGAGGCCUCUGGAAAAGGGGGCCCAGGGGAGCGCCGGGACGGCGUCAACGCCUCGGUGAGCUCGGAUGUGCAGUCGGUGUUCAAGGGCAAGACAUACAACCAGCUGCAGGCACUGUACCAGGGCAUCGAGAGCAAGAUCCGAGCAGGAGGGCCCAACCUGGACAUCGGCUACUGGGAGAGCCUCCUGCAGCAGCUGAAGGCUUACAUGGCUCGGGCCAGGUUGCGGGAGCGGCACCAGGACGUGCUGCGGCAGAAGCUCUACAAGCUGAAGCAGGAGCAGGGUGUGGAGAGUGAACCGCUCUUCCCCAUCAUCAAGAGGGAGCCAGCCUCCCCCAGCGACAGGCUGGAUCCCGAGGAGAGCCUCGAGGCACAGCCAGGGCCGUCCUCGGAGCCGGAGGCGGAGCAGGACACGGAGGCCAAGGGCGAGGCGGAAGGGGAGGCCGUGCUGAUGGAGGAGGAUCUGAUCCAGCAGAGCCUGGACGAUUACGAUGCGGGCAAGUACAGCCCCCGCCUGCUGGGCCCCAACGAGCUGCCCUUCGACGCCCACGUGCUGGAGGCCGAGGAGGACACGCACCGGCUGCUGCUCCUGCGCCAGCAGCUCCAGGUGACAGGUGAUGCCUCGGAGAGCACCGACGACAUCUUCUUCCGCAAGGCCAAGGAGGGCAUGGGCGCGGACGAGGCUCAGUUCAGCGUGGAGAUGCCGCUCACGGGCAAGGCCUAUCUCUGGGCUGACAAGUACCGGCCGCGCAAGCCCCGCUUCUUCAACCGUGUCCACACGGGCUUCGAGUGGAACAAGUACAACCAGACCCACUACGACUUCGACAACCCGCCCCCCAAGAUCGUGCAGGGCUACAAGUUCAACAUCUUCUACCCCGACCUCAUCGACAAGCGCUCGACGCCCGAGUACUUCCUGGAGGCCUGCCAGGACAACAAGGACUUCGCCAUCCUGCGCUUCCACGCGGGGCCGCCCUACGAGGACAUCGCCUUCAAGAUCGUCAACCGGGAGUGGGAGUAUUCCCACCGCCACGGCUUCCGCUGCCAGUUUGCCAACGGCAUCUUCCAGCUCUGGUUCCACUUCAAGCGUUACCGUUACCGCCGGUGAGGGGCUGCUGAGCACCCCCCGGACUCCUGCCAGGGGUCUCGUCCCCUGGCACAGACACUGUCCCCUGGAUGUCCCCAGGGCCUGGCCCAGCACAGGGCAUAUUCCUGCAGCUUUUCCCUGUCCUUGCCUUUAUGCUGAGGGACCCUGAGACUUUGUUAUAAAUAAAAUAGGGGUUGUUUUAGCUGUGGGAUCCUGA